AUGGCGGGAGCGUCAGUGAAAGUCGCAGUCAGAGUGCGACCAUUCAACUCACGUGAAAUUGGGAAGGAUUCAAAAUGUAUCAUCCAGAUGUCCGGGAACACAACGACAAUCAUCAACCCAAAACAGCCGAAGGAAACACCUAAAAGCUUCAGCUUUGACUAUUCCUACUGGUCCCACACUUCCGAUGAGGACAGUCAGUUUGCCGGGCAGCAGCAGGUAUACCAUGACAUUGGGGAGGAGAUGCUGCUCCAUGCCUUUGAGGGAUACAAUGUCUGUAUCUUUGCCUAUGGGCAAACAGGUGCUGGGAAAUCUUACACCAUGAUGGGCAAACAGGAACCCGGACAAGAAGGCAUUAUACCACAGCUUUGUGAAGAUCUUUUCUCUCGGAUCAGCGACACAACCAAUGACAACAUGUCAUACUCUGUGGAGGUCAGCUACAUGGAAAUAUACUGUGAACGUGUUCGAGACCUGCUGAACCCUAAGAAUAAGGGGAACCUGCGUGUGCGUGAACAUCCUCUCCUGGGACCUUAUGUGGAAGAUCUGUCCAAGUUAGCGGUCACCUCUUUUAAUGACAUCCAGGAUCUUAUGGAUUCAGGCAACAAAGCCAGGACAGUAGCUGCUACAAAUAUGAAUGAAACAAGCAGUCGCUCUCAUGCAGUAUUCAACAUCAUCUUCACACAGCGGAGGAACGACUCUGAUAAUGAGACAAGCACGGAAAAGGUCAGUAAGAUCAGCCUUGUGGAUCUUGCUGGAAGUGAAAGAGCUGACUCCACUGGAGCAAAGGGUACAAGGCUAAAGGAAGGUGCCAACAUCAACAAAUCUCUCACUACAUUGGGAAAAGUGAUUUCUGCACUUGCUGAAAUGGACUCUGGAACGAAUAAGAACAAAAAGAAAAAGAAGAAUGACUUCAUCCCAUACCGAGAUUCUGUGCUCACCUGGCUCCUGAGAGAGAACUUAGGUGGAAACUCUCGAACUGCCAUGGUGGCUGCCCUGAGCCCUGCAGACAUCAAUUAUGAUGAGACUCUCAGUACCUUGCGGUAUGCUGAUCGCGCCAAACAGAUCCGUUGCAACGCUGUUAUCAAUGAGGAUCCAAAUAACCGCCUGAUCCGUGAACUUAAAGAUGAGGUGCAACGUCUGCGGGAUCUGUUGGGAGCUCAAGGCUUGUCUGACAUUAUAGACACCGUCAAUGCCCUGACGGGUAUGAGCCCUUCGUCUUCCAUGUCUGGUUUAUCCAGCCGAGCCGCAUCUGUCUGCAGCCUGCAUGACCGUCUGGCAUUUACUCCUGGCAGUGAAGAGGCUAUUGAAAGACUCAAGGAAACAGAAAAGAUUAUUGCUGAGCUGAAUGAAACAUGGGAAGAGAAACUUCGCAGGACAGAGGCAAUUCGCAUGGACAGGGAAGCUUUGCUAGCAGAAAUGGGUGUGGCGAUGAGGGAGGAUGGAGGAACCCUUGGGGUCUUUUCACCUAAGAAGACUCCUCACCUUGUCAACCUCAAUGAGGACCCUCUAAUGUCUGAGUGCUUAUUAUAUUACAUCAAGGAUGGUAUCACUAGGGUUGGACGUGAGGAUAUAGAGAGGAGGCAGGACAUUGUGCUGAGUGGACACUUCAUCCGGGAUGAACACUGUGUUUUCCGAAGCCAUAUGAUGGCAUGUGGUUCAGUGGUUGUGACCCUGGAGCCCUGCGAGGGCGCUGACACAUAUGUCAAUGGGAAGAAGGUGACAGAGCCGUGUGUGCUGAGAUCUGGGAAUCGUAUUAUCAUGGGGAAAAGCCAUGUGUUCAGAUUUACCCACCCAGAACAAGCACGUCAGGAAAGGGAGCGCACUCCUUGUGCAGAAACCCCCGUGGAGCCUGUGGACUGGGCAUUUGCACAGCGGGAGCUGCUUGAGAAGCAGGGGAUUGACAUGAAGCAAGAGAUGGAGCAAAGGCUUCAAGAAUUGGAGGAGCAGUAUCGGAAGGAACGUGAAGAAGCAAAUUAUCUCCUAGAGCAACAGAGACUGGACUAUGAGAGCAGAUUGGAGGCCCUACAGAGACAGAUGGAUUCAAGAUAUUUUACUGAGGUGAAUGAGGAAGAGGAGGAACCAGAUGAUGAAGUUCAGUGGACAGAGCAGGAGUAUGACUUGGCUCUCUGGGCAUUUCGAAAGUGGAAGUGGUACCAGUUCACAUCUCUUCGUGACCAGCUGUGGGGAAACGCCAUUUUUCUAAAGGAGGCCAACGCUAUAAGUGUGGAGCUGAAGAAGAAGGUGCAGUUUCAGUUUGUUCUGCUGACAGACACUCUGUAUUCUCCACUCCCACCUGACCUGCUGCCACCUGACGCCCACUCUGAAAGAGAGAAACGCCCAUUCCCCAGAACCAUAGUGGCUGUGGAAGUUCAGGACCAGAAAAAUGGAGCAACCCACUACUGGACCCUGGAAAAACUGAGGCAGCGUCUGGACAUGAUGCGUGAGAUGUAUGACCGGGCAGCUGAACACCCUUCUGGUCUAACUGAAGACUGUGAUAACGUGGUGACGGGAGGGGAUCCUUUUUACGACCGCUUUCCUUGGUUCCGUUUGGUGGGCAGGGCCUUUGUGUACCUGAGUAACUUGCUCUAUUCUGUGCCUUUGGUUCAUCGGGUUGCCAUAGUUAGCGAGAAGGGGGAGGUGAAAGGAUUCCUCCGUGUUGCUGUGCAAGCCAUAUCAGGCCCUGAUUAUGGCUCUGUUCGACAGUCUGGAACAGCAAAAAUAUCAUUUGAUGACCAACAUUUCCAGAAAUUCCAGGCUGAGUCCUGCCCAGUGAUGACACGUUCUGGCACUUCCCAAGAAGAGCUUCGCAUUGUGGAGGGAGGACAGGGGCAGAACCCUGAUUGUGGUCCAUCUGCUGACGAGGUCAACAAUAACACAUGUGCAGCCUCCAUUCAUUCUGCACUCCUUGACAGUCCUGUGAAGACUCCCCUUGACCUGUCAGAUGGAGGAGGUCACCCACUGAAACUGGGCAGUAUCUUUACCUUUAGAGUGACUGUCCUUCAGGCUUCCAGCAUCCCUCCUGAAUAUGCAGACAUAUUCUGCCAGUUCAAUUUCAUCCAUCGUCAUGACGAGGCAUUUUCUACAGAACCCUUGAAAAAUACUGGUCGUGGGCCACCUUUGGGCUUUUACCAUGUCCAAAAUAUUGCUGUUGAGGUAACACAGUCAUUCGUGGAGUAUGUGAAGACUCAGCCAAUUGUUUUUGAGGUGUUUGGACAUUACCAGCAACAUCCAUUCCCCCCGCUGUGCAAAGAUGUACUGAGCCCUCUGCGCUCCUGCAGACGUCUCCUCCCCAGGGUCAUGCCGCUAUCCAAGCCAGUUCCUGCUACUAAGCUGACCAGACAGCGUGUUCCCAGUACCGGCCAGUGCCACUGUAAAUAUGACCUGAUGGCGUACUUCCAGAUCUGUGAGCUUGAAGCAAAUGGAGAUUAUAUACCUGUGGCAGUGGAUCAUGGAGUUGGUUUGCCCUGUCAUGGAAUGUUCCUUCUACAUCAGGGUAUCCAAAGACGUAUUUCAGUGACACUAGUGCAUGAAACUGGGGCGGAACUGAAGUGGCUGGAGGUCAAAGAACUUGUAGUGGGUCGAAUCCGGAACACUCCAGAGGCUGAUGAGUCUCUAAUUGACCCAAAUAUAUUAUCCCUGAACAUCCUGUCUGCGGGGUAUCGUCCCCCUGAGAGUAAUGACCAGUAUAACGAUUCAAAUACUGGUGGAUUUUCAGGGCUGAGGACUUUCUAUAACUUUGAAGUGGCCUGGGACAGCUCUAUGCACAACUCUCUACUGUUGAAUCGUGUCACUCCAUAUAGAGAGAAGAUCUAUAUUACUCUUUGCUACAUAGAGUUGGAGAAUUGUACACAGCCAGCUGUGAUAACCAAAGACUUCUGUAUGGUUUUCUACUCUCGGGAUGCCAAGCUCCCAGCAUGUCGCUCCAUAAGGAAUCUGUUUGGAACUGGCAGUUUUACGUGCUUCUGUAACCGUGUGAACGUAGUAUACGAACUCAGCCUGUGCCGUGUUGCAGAAGCCAGAAUGCAACGGAGACGCAGGAGGGUACUGGACACAUCAGUUGCAUAUGUACGGGGGGAGGAGAAUCUGGCAGGCUGGAGACCACGAAGUGACAGCUUGAUCCUCGACCAUCAAUGGGAGCUGGAAAAACUAAGCCUUCUCCAGGAGGUGGAGAGAACAAGGCAUUACCUGCUGUUGAGAGAAAAGCUAGAGGCCAUGCUUAGGGGAGGAACAGACACUCUCACUCCUUCUCCCAGUGAGGAGAUGUUACCCCUCAGCCCCACAUGUCAACUGGCACAGCUCACUGAGGAAGGGUCACCACAUGCAGAGGAAAACCCUCUAGAGACUGCCAGUGAGAGGCAAAAAGAACUGGCAGCUAAGUGUCUUCGCCUUCUCACUCACACCUUUAACAGAGAAUACAGUUUCAGUCACGUCUGUGUGAGCGCCAGCGAGAGCAAGUUAUCAGAGAUGUCAGUGACACUUCUAAGAGACCCUUCACUUCCUGGUCUUGGGGUCAAUUCUCUAACCCCAUCCAGCACCUGUCCAUCACUAGUAGAAGGCCGAUACUGCAGCCCCGACACUAGUCCGCAGCCUCUGUCUCGUGCUUUCAGUCCAGAGCGAGACCUCCUGAGCCCAGCAGGAGAGGUACAGAAGUCUCCCACCAGUGCAGCGAAGAGCCCCCUCAACUUGUUUGUUCCAGACAUACAGGAGAUCCGGGUCAGCCCUAUAGUGUCUAAGAAGGGAUAUCUACAUUUCCUGGAGCCACAUACAGGAGGCUGGGUGAAGAGGUACGUUGUGGUCCGACGUCCAUAUGUUUACAUUUAUAAUAACGACCGUGACCCAGUGGAGAGGGCCAUUCUCAACCUUUCCCAAGCCCAGGUGGAGUACAGUGAGGAUCAGCAGGCUAUGCUGAAGACUCCCAACACAUUUGCAGUGUGCACGCAGCACCGUGGCAUUCUAUUGCAAGCCAGCAAUGACAAGGACAUGCACGACUGGCUGUAUGCCUUCAACCCAUUACUGGCAGGCUCAAUUCGGUCUAAACUAUCUCGCCGCAGAACUGCUCAAAUGAGAAUUUAAUGGAAUCACUGCACUCUCCCCCUUUCUCAUCAACCCUUCAUAGCCUUGAUUCACCUCACAAAUCUGCACACAAGAACUGCCCCACUCCUUUGUGCUCAUCUCUGUCUCUCGGCGUGGGCUUCCUUCCUUGCACUCCAACUGUGUGAAGAUCUCCCACACUCUUUCUCUAUAGGGAAUCUCAACAUGCUGCUCUCUUGCUCUACUCUAAGAAAGUCUUCUUUUGUUUUUCUUUCUACUUCUCCUUCCAUCACACUUAAUAUAGAGGAGGUUAAUAGGGCAAUUGUCUACUGUAUCUUUAUGGGUAAAAUGAGCUGGUACAAGAUGGCAAAGGAUAUUAUGUGCAACUUUUGUUUUUAUUGAAGGCUCAACAUUGUUCCCCAGGUAUCUAAAGGGAGGAAAGUUCAACAAUUAUAAAAAAAAGGAUCAGUGAUGUUAGGCUGAUGGGGCAGACCAGUAUUACCACGCUCUGCAAAUCUGCUCUAUAGUGGUGUAGGGGUUUUGAAAGUGAUAUUUGUAGGACUGGAUUAGAAAGAUGUUAAGGAGUAAUAGGCAUAGAAAGCAGCUCAGUGUACUCAUAUAAAAUCCUCUGCUGUAUACAUAUAGUGCACUUAUCUUUGUAACAUAUUUGCACACUCCCUUGUACAUUCUCACUUUGUUGUGAUUUAAGUCAAGCUCUACUUUUACCAUGUCUGAACGCACUCAUAUUUUGGAGCUCAUAAGAGUUCAGUUGGGGUAAAGAUACAUAAACUCACUCAGGUGAGAUGACACACAAAACCUGUCACAAAGCUAGAAGAUCAAUGCAUAAUUUAAGUUUAAAAUCAUCCAUGAGACAAAUAAUGCUACUAAUAUGAUUAAAAGCACUUGUGAUCUAUUGUUUGAACCCUUUAAAUCCAGUUUAUACACAAAAAUUCGUUCAGAACAAAAAAUCAAACAGAAAAACACAAGUAUCAACACAUUAAACUCAUGAAGGACAUACGUGACACAUCUUGUAUUGAUUUAUAGAUAUUAAAACAGGCACUGGGUAGUUAGUGAGCCAACAGGUAAUAUUGAAUUACAGCAUGUUUAUUUCUUUUGUGUACUCUGUGUUGAUAUGUUGAGUUUUUGAGUUGUGGUGUUUAGUGCUAGAGUCAUGGAGCCACUACAAAGUAAUUUUGGCUGAGAAGCACCAAUAGAAUAAUUAGUUGACCAAUACAAAAUGAUUAGGGAAAAAAGUAAUAUCACCCGCUAGCCACUUUCCUUAAUGUUACUUUGUUGCUGUUUGUAGCUAUUACUACUUAAAACAUUUUCAGUCAUAAAGGAAAUUGAAAGACUCCAGCUUGACAUAUGUAUUAUAGGACUCUGGUUGUUGUACUCCAAAACAAUGAUGCAACCCAAAGAGAAUGUGUGCACCAAUAAACCAAAGAAAAAAAUACAGAGCACCACAGUUGAAGUGGGAAUUUUGCCUCCUUAUGCACUUUACAAAUGCAUCAUAAAGCGGUGUCUUGCAGACCCUUUAAACAAAACUAAGCUUCCACAAGUCAUAGCAUACCUAAGUUCUGUACAUAAUAUCAUUAAAUUAGGGUCUGUUUUAACGUGCCUCUAAGCACAGUCAUGCAGUGCUAUUGUACUGUCUGUACACUCAAUUUCUAAAAUCAAUCGUAGUAACCCUAAAAAAAUCUAUUUAGGAAAGCAUUUUCAAAAUUCCUUACAACUAAAUCUAAUUCUUAUCCUAUUUUGAUAAAAUAUUUGUAAAAUAUGCUAAAACUGCAUAACUGAAUCCCAAUUAGAGCACGUACUAUGGAAGAAUGCUUUCAUUUAAAAAAGGUUUUAUGUACCAUAAACAUGGUUCCUUUCAUCAAAGGAAACAAUAGAAUAAUGUAAUAGGAUUAAAAAAUACAUUGAGAAAGAAAUUAGGCACAAGACAUUUUAGAAGUAAAUAGUGACAGGUCAUGAAGUCGAUUUCAUAUUUCACUGUUUGUUGACAGUGGACUGCCACAAAAUGUGUUGCACCUUUUUUGGUUACCAAGGGAGUUCUGUGUCUGAAUGGACUCUUUUUUCAUGGUUGUUUUAAAGGGAAUGGGGCAUGAACUGGUCUGACUCAUACACUGGGGACCUGAAGUGAUGUAGUGAUAGUACCUCAGACCUAAUCUCAUGGUCAGUCAACCUCAGAUUAUCUGAGAUCCCAUCACACCAUACACAGGGUCAUUGGGGUGUCUGAGGCCAGCAAACCUGCAGAGCACACUGUAUUCCCUGAGACAGACCUGUCAUGCCCUUUUACUAGCACAUGAAGACAAUUGCCAGUUAAACAUAUGAAGAAAGAUUCACAGGAACUGCACAACCACAAAACACUAAAAAAAAAAACAUCUGAUAUACCAUUAAAACCCCCCCACAAUAUUUAACUCACAAUUCUUGCAUAUUAAUGUAUAUUCAAGUGAGUGUAAAUUCUUGAAAUCAUGACACAUUUGUUUAUACGUGGCCUAGACACACUGAGCUAGAUUACAAUCCAGUUGACAAUGUAACAUCUAGAUUUUACAACAAAAACUGUAUAAUAAUGGUGAUUUUUGUUAUAACCUGUUGUAAAAAACAGGGGGGGGGGGUGUAAUGCAUUACUUUCUAGAAGUAAUUUAAACUAAUACAUUGUACCUUUUAUCAUAGAUCUGUACUUCAUGAAAUUAAACCUAAGUAAUGAAUAUGUUUCUUUAUUUUGCAUCUUUAUAGUAGUAUAUUUCCUCUCAAAUUUCCAAUGACCUUGGUGGAAAUUAUGCACUAAUAAUACAUCAUAUAAUCCACUUUUCAAGUUAUAGAAUAAAAUUGAUUUUAUGGUGACAAUUAAGCCGUUAUAACAUGGGGCUAUUCCCAAAAUUAAACACUAUAAUACAGACCUUGACAGAUUUAUUUAAAAAUCAAGAAUCAGAAAUAAUAUUAAUGCACCUGUUACAUGCUUUCUUAGCAGCCAGGCAAGGGGGGCUAAAUUUAGUUAAAGGUAGAACAAUUAGUAAAGUUAGGCCCCACUUCCUUUUUUCUGUGAAGUCAUGCUGUUAUAGGUGUAUUUAAAUGUUAUGCUGCCCUAGGCAUAGGGAAAUCUGCUGCACCCUGAACACCCCUCCACAACCAUUUUAACUCAUAUUUGCCUUAUAUAUUUCUUACAACUGAGAGCACAGGAGUAGAAAGUCAUAAUUCCAUAGAUCUACACCUCCCUAAUACUGCUGCCCUAGGAACAUACCUAGUUGGCCUAGACCAAAAUUCAUCACUCCCUGCUGUAAUAUAAUAGCAAUGAAAACAUUUAUUUUGUGGUCUUACAUAGGCUUUUGUGUUACGGUACACAAAUGCUUCUAUUUCCAUUUAGAAAUGACAGAUUUCCAUGGCACUAAGACACUAUCUAAUUUGGUGCCACUUUCAGAGGGUACAGUAAUGUUAUGUAUGUAUUUCUUAGCCAGGCCGAGUACAGUGAAAUUGCAUUUCCACAAAAAAUGAGAUUAUUUAUACAGUAUGUGCACAUAAGCUACCACCUUAAAGACACUGACAGCUAUGAUGGUCAUUUAGUCAAACUUACAUUGUCCUAAAUCUGUUUGAUACACAGUGAAGUUGCUUCUCAGUCCUAGGGAAGGGUGCAAUGGUCCCAUAAAAUGUGGAUGGGUUAUUUUAUAUUUCUAAGAAAAAAUCGAUAAGGAUAUAGAUGUUUUCAAUGUGUUGCAGACCCUUAAAACAGGACCACAACAUGGUAAACAGGUUGUUCUGCCUUUCAUGUAUUAAUGUAUCAUAAAUUAAUAUUUAUUUAACUAUGUUUUUUUAAUUAUCAAAUAUUAGCAGUAGAGAUGAAAUAAUUUAUGUUCUUUGUGUCUUGUUAUUAUGAUGUGAUUUUAAUGAAUGAAAUGUUAAAUAUUUGGCACUGUGUCUAAGUGUAGAACAAUUUAUGUCUGUAUAUAUGUAUAUGAAUCUAACACAUUAAUCAAGGCUUACAGAGCUACAAGCUUCCCUUCUGACACACUUAAAGGGGCAUAAAUGUAAAGUAAUAUGCUGGGGCUGUAGAGCGCUAGAAUACUAUUUAACCCACUUUGUCAAAUAAGUGCAUAAAAAAGUCUGCUUUAGCCUUUAUUAAACUUGUACAUAUUUGUGUACUGAUCCCAAACCAUACUUAGCCACUGAUUGGUACACUAUUGUGCAUGAUAUUGAUUGACAGGGAAGUUGCACCAAUCAGUGAGUGUGUAGGCUCCUAGAUCAGCAUUGGGAAUGUGCACAAGGUGCAGUGUUAGAUAGAAAUAGCAAACAGACCUAAUGCAAAGUAUAUUAACAUAGUACAGGGUAUAUUAGAGUUGUGCAGCCCUAGCAUAUAGAAAUUUAUUAUUUGGGGAAGAUGAUGCUUAUAAGUAGUUAAAAAAAAUGUAAGCUGUUCAAGAGAUAGAAUGAGUGAGUCACAAGAUAAAAAAGCAAAAUAAUUUAAAUAUUUGCAGGACCAACAGGUGUUGUGAGGGGGAAGUGAUGGUUCUCCUUUUUAUCUUAUACAGUAAUAAUGGUAAGGAAUUUGCUUAUCAAAUGACUUAGCAAAUAGUACAACUCACAGAUGAUACUUUAGUUGGCACUCAUAUUCCUGUCAAUACUUACCUCUUGAGUAGAUACAUGUGGUAUAAAAUAUACCUUCAGGAUAUGUCGAUGCUAUAGUCCACUAUGUGCAGAGUGCAAUAGGCUUAGAUUUAAAAAAGAGGAUUGUGGGAAACAUGCAUAUGUUAUACAACUGUAAAAUUGUAUGGCCUUGUAUCAAUCUGUCACUUUUCCAUUUCACGUAAAAUGCAUGAGGGUCAUACAGAAUUAUUUAACCUUAUUUGAAAUUUUAUGUAUUUUCAAUUAAUGGAAUAAUCUGUUGGUAAAAUAAUUGAAGUUGCAUUGUUGCUACAAUAGAAUUAAAAAAAAGCUGUAAAAUAACUGCUGAGUGCCUCAUUGUUUUAAUCUAAUUGUUCUUUGAAAGUACUGUUGCUCAUUGAAAUAACUGGGUUCAGAGGCCCAACUAAAAAUGUUUUUUUUUCUUUUCAAAAGGCUUGGUGAUAUUGAAAUAAACAAACCUUUUAAUUAUGUAUUUGUAUAAAAUACCCAAAUACCUCUAAAGUUAGAGCAAUCUCUUCUCCAAUCACAUAUCUUCCUUACCAUAUGGCCCAAUUCACUAUAUGACCCUUGGCACUGGCCCAGUGCUGUCUGUCUUGUAAAUGUGAUGUGUAAUUCUUCUGAGUGUUUGGGGCGUGGGGUUGUGCAGUUUGGGGCUCCUUAAUAUGUUAACCCUUCCUUCCUAAGAGCAGCCAGCAAAAUAUUGCAUUGCAAAUCUGGCCACACUGACAGGAAAAUGGUUAAUGUUCUGAUAAGGGGCUCUGUGGUCAGGAAAAAUGAAUCAAUUAAUAAAUAUGGCAGUUAUGAAAAUAAAAA